AUGAAUUCGUAUAUUCUGAACAGGGCCCUCGGGUCUAUUUCACCAACUACCUUUCACGUCGCUCAAACUACCCGCCUGGUUCACCAUCUUGAGCCCGCUCCCAGCAUUCGAUUCUCCAGUCGCAAACCUCGGCAGGUAGGAAACACCAUCGAAGAGAAUGAAGGGGACCCAGAAAACGAGUUACUGGCGCACAAGUCUGGUGUGAAUGUGCUGGCGAUUGACCAGUUCGAGGGACGAUGCAUGGUAUCCGGAGGUGCAGACGCAUCAAUUCGACUAUGGGACUUGGAAAGUCGCGGAUCAGAAACGAACCACAUCCACACGGCUAGAUCAUCUGUUACCAGGGCCUCACAUGAGGGAGCGCAUACCCAUGCCAUCACGUCCAUCUCAAUCUACCCCUUCGAUCCAGUCCCGUCUACUGUGUUGACAACCUCGCACGACGGCACGCUCAAGCUCUCGGCCCUGGAACCGGAGGUGAUUACGCCAGUGCAUACCUUCAACCUAGGCUGCACGCCAUACUCGCAUUCUCUCUCGUCACAUUCUGGAUCGACACUGCUCAUCGCAGUCGGCACAUCCGAGAAAUCGGUCCGACUACUAGAUCUACGCACGGGUCUAUCGACACACGGUCUUCCAGGACAUAGCUCGUCAGUAUUAUCUGUCACGUGGGCUCCUCAUCAGCCGCACAUUCUCGCCUCUGCCUCUGCUGAUAAUCGGGUGAUUAUCUUUGAUGUCCGUCGAGGAGGGCAUAACUCUGCGAUCGCGACGCUGGACAUGGAUGAUGCAGUGGGUAUGGUCCAUCCACAACUAGCUCCAUCAUCAAAUCAAAGCCGACCGAUGUUUUCGCGACAUGCGCGCGCACAUAAUGGUGCUGUCACGGGCGUGCGGUGGACAUCCAACGGUUCGCAUCUGGUAACUACAGGUCAGGACGCACGGAUACGAGUCUGGGAUGUGACAACAGGCGCAAACACCCUAGUCCACUUUGGUCCGCGCGUGCGCAAUAGCGCUUCCUCGCAUUUAGCGGAGCGAGUACCCCUGCUCAUACCACGGGGUCUCAUGGCACCAGGGCAUGAAACACUGCUCUGGCCCAACUUCAGCGAGAAGGACGAUCGCGGGGAGAUCUUCAUGUUUGAGCUACGUGAGGGAUCGUUUAUCAAGCGCCUCAAGGUACCAGGGUUAAUGGCCGGGCGGCAGCAGUUCCAGGGCCAGUCCACUGCGCUGAGUGCCGCGCGGAUCAACGAUCUCGCUUGGCGAGGUAAUGGAGCAUCUGGUGAAGGUCUGGAAAUGUUCUCAGCGCAUGGGGAUGGAACUAUUCGAUCAUGGGUAUCUAGAGAACCAGAAGGAGAGCCAGAUGAGGCCGAGGAGGCCGAGCAGGCUGAUCGGAAACGUAAACGAGAUGUUCUAGAAGAGCUUUAUCAGGGAUUCGUAAAUGAUAAUCCAUAG